AAAUAUUUUAGGUUAAUGUUUUAAAAAUUCAAACAUUCGGGAUGUUUUAAUUCAUUUUAGGAAAUAGAUGUACCUAUAGAAAGUCAAACUUUAGCAUUAUUUUUGUUCCACCUCCUAUUUUUCUAACUUUAUAGAAACAUGAUUGGUGUUAGAGUGAGCGCCUUCAAUGAAAAUGGACUAGGAGAACCUGAUCAAGAUGCAAAUUCAGCUUUAACAGAAUUAGAUAAAGGAUUGAGAUCUGGAAAAGUGGGAGAACAAUGUGAAGCUAUUGUAAGAUUUCCCAAACUUUUCGAAAAGUACCCCUUUCCUAUCUUGAUAAAUGCUUCUCUACUAAAACUGGCUGAUGUUUUUCGCAUGGGGAACAAUUUCUUGAGAUUAUGUGUCCUGAGAGUGUGUCAGCAAAGUGAAAAACAUUUGGACAAAAUCUCUAAUGUUGAUGAAUUUGUCAGGAGAGUUUACAGUGUCAUUCACAGCAAUGACCCUAUUGCCAGGGCAGUUACUCUUAGAAUAUUUGGUGCUGUAGCUGCCAUAAUUCCAGAAAGACAGCAGAUUCACCACUGCAUCAGAAGUAGUUUGGACUCACAUGAUAGUGUGGAAGUUGAAGCUGCAAUUUAUGCUGCAAUUCAAUUUGCAGCUCAAUCAAAAUCUUUUGCUGUGAGUAUGUGUAACAAAGUGUCUGAUAUGAUUCAAGGACAAUCUACCCCAGCUAAUAUGAAGCUACAAUUAAUACCAAUACUCCAAUAUAUGCAUCAUGACACAAAUACUGCUGCAAUGGUCAGGUCACUAUGUACAGAACUUCUUCCAGGAUAUCCUGCCCAAGAGUUUGUACUAGUCACAUUGAACACCCUAACUAAACUUGCUGCUACCACUUUGGUAGAUAUUCCAAGCCAAGUGAAUCUGCUGAUCAAUUAUCUAAAGAAUGAUGCCAGAUGGGAAAUCAAACUCAAGGCCUUACAGCACUUGUAUGAACUGGCAAAACCAGGAGCCCAUUUAUGGCCACCUGGAUCAGUAGAGAAUAUCAUUGAGUAUGUUUUAAACUCCAACAAGAAAAAAAUACUGAGGCCUGCUUUGAGGGUAUUACAGGUCCUUGUUGAAUCUCCAAGAAUGUGCCAUGAGCAUCGUGAUCCUACAUCUAAAUUGAGAGAACUCUGCAGCAACCAUUGUUAUUCACCUGAACCCAGUAUUGCAGCCCAAUCAAUUCAAAUAUUGACAGAAAUUUUGUGCUAUUGUUACAAAGAGAAUUUAGACACUGAUGGCAUGGAUGAAGUAGUGGCUGCUCUAGAAACUCUCAUAUUACUUUUAACUUUCAUUGAGAAAAAGCAUCAUACACAACUGGAAAUUGUUUUGAAAUGUGCCAUCAGGCUGUGUGAAGCUAGACAGCAGUAUUGUGAGACUUUUGUAGAACUAUUGGGAACCAGACUAGACAAUAUUGACAGUGACUAUACAAAUACAGUGUGUGAAGCUUUGGGCGCCAUAGGGAGCUUGAGGCCUCAAACCAUCCUUCCUCUAGUGGAGAAUAUAAUCAAUCUCCUGAUGGCCCUAUCCGAAAUUGCCGACCCCACUGCCCACCAAAGUCAUACCAAAACCAUGCUGUGCACUCUCAUUUUCCAAACUCUCUCUGGUUACAAGUGGACCGACCAGACUUUCGACGCCAUCGUCAAGGUUAUCGACACCAGCCAAGAUCUUUGGACCAACUACUGUAUAGGUAGAGCAGCUGUACGAUAUGGUCAUCACAAAAUAGCUCACAGAAUAUUCGGAGGAUUGACGGAACAAGUUAGCUCGGAGCAUUUCCACUUCUGGCUGGUGUGUCUGAAGGAAAUGUGCGAAGCUGAGGAGCAGCUGUAUUGUGAAGAAAAUGGAAAUCUCGUCAAAAGAUUGGACAAAGCUAUCAUUCACUAUAAUAAGGCCCUAGCGGCCCUCAAGGCAGCUAGCACUCCGCAGCAUAACCUCACCUUCCAAGCAGAGUACAUGAAAAUUCGUACGGAAUUUCUGCAAAGUCUUUUGCAAUUGAUAUACACCUGCAAUAUCCUGUGUAUCGUACCGCCUCCUGCUAUAGCGACUACGAUAGUGCAGAAUACCAGAGACGAGUAUCAGAGGCACGGCUAUAUAACUAAUCAACUUAGGAAAUGUGUCAAGGAAUUUAAAAAUUGCGGAGACAUGCACUGGAAGUUGUACCAAACCAGUUUUGAUGCCGAUUUUGCUACUUUAGAGAAUAUGCAGAUUCUGCAACAAAUGUGUGUUUUGAUGGAAAAAUGCGUUGAAAGUCUUUGUGUUAGUGGAGCCAGAGUAAAAGAUGAACCAGUAGAGUUUGGGUCAAAAAAUAAUAGAUUGGAAUCACAGCAACUGGUAAAGGCAUGCCAAAAUGCCUGUAAAAUAGCACAGAGAAUCAUAGAAGAUCCUUCCUGUUCCACCAUCACUCAUAAUCAAGUGGAACUUGUCAAAAAAAUAGUGGAACUAUUGGCGAACGCGUCAUUGCCGAUUCCUCGAUAUUUCUUUCAAGUCCUGCAAUCCACCAGCGUGAAAUUGGCCAUUUCUCCUCAACCUCGUGUACUGGGCGAAUUUAUAAGCGUGCAGGCGGGUUCACAGCUGGCAGUAAAAGUGGAAGGUGUCAUACAGCACGGAAUGAAGCCGGGCAUCUUCAGGAAAAUCAAGGAAGUCGUCAUCAGCGUGACUUCGCAAUUGCAGAACAACCCGAAAAAUAAGGAAGUGCUGGACCAGAAACUUCUCGAGCAAGGAUCGUCCACCUUGACGCAGACAGUGACCCCGCACCGGGAGUUCUUCACCGCCCAAUUCCUGUUGGCUUUUCCGCGAGGGGGCCAAUACCAGCUGGUGGUGGAGGCCUCUGUCACCGACGAGCAGUGUAACACGUGGAAGACGGGGCCGAGAUCGACGUUGACGGUCAAAGUGCCCGAGGAGACGAAGCUGACGCCCAUAUCGGUGCCCGGCAUGGCCACUAACGCCAACGUAAUACUUAUGCCAGAAGAUAGCCUUUUCGUUCGACAACGGCAGAAAUAGACUGGUUAGGAUUAAUAC